CUUUCGCAUCUGGAUCCGUCCCGUUUGCAUCCGUUGUACCCACCGUUUCCUGUCACGCUGCUUCAAGUAUUAAUCUCCCACCUUACAUACAUCAUCACCGUCCAAUCCUGAUCACACGGUUCAGAAUCACCUGAAAAAUACCGGGCACCCGGUACAUUCAACAUUCGGAAAAACCAGCAUCGGGCUCUGCGAUCGGAUAAGGUCGGCGCAAGAUUCCGACAAAAAUAUGUACAUACGUAUCCCUUUCCCCAAACUACCCCUCCGAAACGACACAAACUACGAGACGCCCAUCGCACGUUUUACAUUCGCGCCCGUAACACAGUGCCACUUUCGUAAUUCGGGCCAAUUUUGGGGGGGAGUUAUUUACACGUGUCUCCUUCCAUACUACUCAUCACUCCAAUUGCGGUGGAUUCGGGCGGUGGCAAGCGGGUGUAAUUAGCGGGUAAAUCAUGUCGGGUUUGAAUCCGGGAGCGGCGCCAUACUUGCCGGGGCUGUUCCGGGCGGUGGAGGACUACUCGCCGGAGUGGUGGGAGCUCGUCGGGUCGUCACCGUGGUUCUGUGACUACUGGCUCCGCGACCGCAAUAAGAAAAUAAUGGAGUCCCCUGAUCCGACCGAUAUUUACGACCCCGCCAUCCCCGACGACCUCUACGCCUUCUUCUUGGGUGCAGAUCAUGAUGCUGAUGAUACGGAGGAGAAAGAGGACGGAAAAGGAGGAGAGAGGCGAAAGGAGAUGGUGGUUUGCGGGGCGGAGAAGUGGCGGAUGUCGCGGCAGAGGGCGCAGGCGGCGAGAUAUGGAGAGAAAGCCCCUAAGAUUGUGAAGAUCGUGAGAGUGAGUCCGAGACCGAUUCAACAGCCCAAGUAAAACGAAUCGAGCAGACUCAACUCACCGAGUCAUGGAACGUGUGCGCGUGGGGGCGGAGUUGUAUUAAUGUGGCAUGUUUUUUGUCUUUUGUCUUUUUCUCUUUUCUUUUCCUUUUUUUUCGGUUAAGCUAUUAUCUAGCUUGUAUGGUUUGUAAAUUAACAUGGAAUAAGAAAAUAAUGGAGUUCCCCCAUCUCUCUC